AUGGUCCGUCCCAACCGGGUCCUGUCCUUCAUGUCGGAAUGGGGAGGCUCACGCUCCCCCCAUCGCAAGACGGCUUCCCAAAAUGGCCUGUCCCAGUCACCCGCCGCUCCUGCCUCGCCCAUGGCAAAGCAGUCGCCGCCUCAAGCUUCCACCACUCCCGACCACUCCCUCUCCUCUACCGCUGUCGACAACGCAGAGACGCCGCCUCACAGCCCUUCCUGGCAGCAGCCCAAAUCCGAAUCCCGCCUCUCCUCGCGGCCCAUGUCCAUGAUACAAACAUACCAUCCCCCGGUCAUGGAGGUGUCGCAGGACACUCUGCCAGAGCUGCAGCGCAUCUUCACCUUUCUCAAUAGCCAUUCCAACAAGCUGUACCAGGAGGGCUACUUCUUGAAGUUUCAUGACACAGACGAGCGCGGCCGUCCCGCCCAAGAUCGUGUAUGGCAAGAAUGCUUCGCUCAGCUCGUAGGCACCAUUCUGUCUCUAUGGGAUGCCAGCGAGCUGGACCAGUCCAAUGGCAACGCCGAAGUGUUUCCAACCUUCAUCAACCUCACAGACGCCGCAAUCCACAUGAUGCCGUCCAUGGUUUUGAACGACGGUAAAAAGCUGGACAAUGUGCUCAGUGUCUCCACAGCCGCCAGCAACAAAUACCUUUUCCACUUCAAUUCUUUUAAUUCGCUAACACAGUGGACCGCUGGCAUCCGUCUAGCCAUGUAUGAGCACACCACUCUCCAGGAAGCUUACACCGGCGCAUUGAUUGCAGGCAAGGGGAAGUCGCUGAACAACAUCCGCAUCAUCCUCGACCGCCAGCGCGCAAAGCACGAGGACUGGGCCCGCGUACGUUUUGGAGCCGGUACCCCCUGGCGCCGAUGCUGGUGCGUUGUCAGUCCACCAGAUGCGAAGGAAUAUGCCAAGCUCCAGAAAGCUCAAAAGAAGACGAAGCCCUAUAACCGGUCACCCCUUGUGCUCAAGGGUGAUAUCAAGUUCUACGACACGAAGAAAAUCACAAAGAAGACGCGACCGAUCGCCACCGUUACCGAUGCCUAUUCGUGUUAUGCCAUCUACCCUCAGUCCAAACCGCUCAUCGAUCAAUCUACCCUUGUCAAGAUUGAGGGCAAAAUCACGGUACAUGGAACUACAGACACCACUACCGAGGGCUUCGUUUUCGUCAUGCCCGAGUCACACGCCGCAGUGUCCGGCUUCGAGAUGAUGCUUCGUUUCUUAUUCCCUGUUUUCGACACCUUUGCGCUAUACGGACGGCCGAACAAGUUGAUCGCCGACGUGCUCGAUACCCGCGGUUUAAUGUUUGCUAUGCCCCCCGAUCGACGGUACGGCUAUCUAGAGAUGUGGGACGUUGUGGGCCUUAUUCAUACCGAAGGGAGCCAGAACUGGUCCGAGAGGCAGUGGCGGAAGCAGCUCAAGGAGCUCACCGCCAAGCGGAUGCUGUCUGCUCCGUCCAGAACGUCUAGCCGUACCACUACUUACAGCAGGCGCAAUAAUCUCAGUCGGACUAGCUUACCCCCUAGCCGAGCCGGCACGUUGCGAUUCGAGGAGCGGGGCUCCAUCAAUUCACAGCCACCAACACGCCAGCCCUCCCCUUCGCGGAAUGAGUCUGAGCGUGGUCCUCCACAGCGUAUGGAAACCGCACCUCCGUCAACGACACCCAAGCAUCAGCGAUCGGUCUCGGAAGCUAUUGGAUAUAGGAAAUAUCAAGCUGACACGCCAUCUCGCCUUUCGUACGAACUCAACGCAGACAGCCCUCCGCCCCCACCAGAACAUCGCGAACUCCACUACCAGCUCGAGAACCAGGGUCAUUAUGGGCCCUCAUACGGAUCGGCCCCCGCCCCGGCACUGCCCGUUGGUCCAGUAGCCUCGCCCCCAUCAUUUACUCAUGCACCGGGCCAGCGACCCUCUGUACCGCCGUACCAACCUCCUUCCACAAUGAGACCGCAUGCUCAGAUCGACUCUACAACCCUUGAUCAGUUAGCGGACGCUACUAACACUCCCAUUCCAGCUGGAAUUGCUGCUGCUGGUGCUGCGGCCGCUUGGCGAAGCCGCGACACCGCGAGACGAAGCGGCGAAUUCGAGAGCAACGGAAGCCAGGUGUAUCCCACUCCCAACGGCCGUGGCUAUUCCGCUGACCAAUAUGCCAAUGCUUCUCGUUCUGGACACUCCGGCAACCGGCUUCCUACAAUCCCCGCUUCCCCCUACAUCGAACAACCGGAAUUCACGGAAUCACCCACCACUUUCCAUCCCACUGCCCCUCCGGUUCCUGAACACGCAGAACUAUCCAUGUCCCAUCCCCCUCUCACCCAUCGCUCUCAUCCUGGAAGCACGGACGGGGCAGAUGUCAUACAUCGCAAGCCAGUACCAGGUCGGUCAUCAGCGUUGUCCCCAAACGGGGACGGUGAUAAUUAUUCGACAAAAAGCUCAAGUAUUGGUAGUUUACGAAACGCGGUGAUCCACCCCGACGACCUCGACAGACUGGAGACGCUCCCCGAUACUCCCCAGCCACUGAGUCGCUCCGACGAGGACAAUAUAUCCACCUCAACUCCCGAUUACGCCAGCACCCACAGCGAAGAAAUCCAAUCGCGAACACUGCCAGAGAGACGUGAUGAGAGGCCCCGCAGCGUAUUCCUCAAGAAGGUCGGCGAUCCCAGUCUCAAUCCCAAGCCGGAGGUGGUAGUGGGGGAUGCUCACUACAGCCCUGAGACACGCCAACAAGAUACAACUGAGAUUCCUACUAUCGAUUUUGGCCCCACAUAUUCUCUCGACCCAGCCGGAAAGCGACCCGGAACCAGCGGAACCCUUACACAGGGUAUGUUUUCCAAGUCAAAGGAAAACCUUGCCCCUUCGCCUCGUGAAACAGCAACACCACCUGGGCGAACAACACCCAACGCGGCUAUGCAUCUGCGACAGCUAUCGGGCUCUUCGCAAACGAAUGAGGAACGCACCAUCGCCUGGCAGCCAGGUCUGGCAUUCCAGCCCGCUCCGCCGAAGCCGAAGAUGGACCCAGAGGAGUGGGUAGCGCAACGAGCAGCCGCAGCGGCUGCUCGACCAGGGACGUCUCCACUCUAUGCUCAUGGAAGGAGCAAGUCGCACACGCCGCCGCCUAUGAAUCGGGCCCGGUCAGGCGACUGGGCGCAUCUACAGCGAACCCCAGAGGAUAUGCCUGCACGUCCACCAAGUCGCCCCUUGAGUCGGCCGCAGUCUCGGGGGGCGUUGAAUCUGCUCGAUCAACGUCCUGUAUCUCUCUCUGCUCACGAGCAAGAGCAGGUGGCCCGCUUGACCGGAACCCCUCUCAUCGAUAUGACGCACGCCCGCACCAAGUCACAACCCGCAACCGAAGGCUUGACUGCAUACAUUGACCAACGAGAGAGGCAGAAAGCGCAUGCCAAAGCCAACCACAGCACGGCAGCGAUGCAAGCUGAGAUUGACAGGCGCAUGAUGGCAGCACAACAGCGGCAGAUGCUGGAAAUGCAGCAGAUGGGACAGCAGGUCGCUAUGGCGCAGGGUGGGUACGGUGCCCCGACAAUGGGAUUUUCUCCGCAAGCAUACAGCCCAGGACUGACGUACUCCCCGGGUAUGACGCCACCGGCCAUGUUCCCCCAGCAAGGGUACUACCAGGCUCCUGUGUCGCCGGCGAUGCCACCUGCGUGGGGUACUCCGAGUCCACAGCCAAUGCAAGCCUCGUACUUCCCGGCGCAACAGCAACAACCUGUGCAGCAAAGAUAUCCCUCGCCACAGCCGCAGCAGCAGCCUUUUAUACAGCCGUAUGGAGCGAGCUUUGAUCAGGCGCAGGCGGCGGCAAGGUAUGCGCACCAGCAGGGUCAGCAGUUCCGCGGUGCUUGAGGAGCUGCCGAAGAGGGAGGAUUUGGGGUAACGUUCUUUGGGUGUUGGAGAAAUCUUUCGCUGUAUAUAUAUGAUGAGAUCUAGAAAAUCUAAUUCAAUAGAGGUUUAUGUGGUCACAAGGACGGGGAAAGUUGAGGUGGUGAUGAAGGUGGUGAUGUCUAUAGUAAUUGACGGUCUCUGGUUGUAUCAUGCAUGGAUGUAUCUUGCAUAAGGCCGAGGAGUGUCAGGGCUGGUAGACACGACGUUGUAAACGCAUCUGAGAGCAUUUUCGACACCAUCUUCCUCGGCAUAGACGAGCAAGGUGUUCGUUCAUAUAUAGCUAAUAGUGGAGUGCUCUACCAUCUGAUCAUCCUCACCACCAUCACCAUCACCACAUAAACAUCGCCUCCAGGCCUCUUCUUCUUCUCCCCCAUCACCCCCACUUGUCCUGUUUUCAUUCACCUCUAUGUGGUCC